AUGUCUUCUGAAGCUGGUUUUGAUAUUAAUUGGUUUGGUGCCGGUGGUUCUGGUGCCGGUUGGGUUGAUGAUGAUGCUGGUGGUCCUGGUCCCGGCACUGGUCCCAACGGCGCUGAUUUACCUCCAGCUCUAGAGCGAGAGGCUCCCACGCCAGCUGCUCCUUCCUGGGAGGUCAGAUGGACCGCAGAAAAAGGAUUCGGCUGUUUCGCCUCUCAGGAUAUCGCCGCCGGGGAGACCAUCAUAUCUGAAGCCCCCAUGUUGACAGCGACUGGUAGCAGUACCCGCCGUCAAGGGCUGUUGGAUGACUGCCUCCGUAACUUUGAAAAUCUCAAUGAAGAUCAACAGAGAAAAUACCUCAGUCUCCACUGCUACCAGCACCCCGUCGAUUCGCCAAAUGCACGCCGUUACCUCAAAGUAACAAGACCGGGCUUGUCCGAUGAAGAGUACACCCGCCUGCUGAAGAUACAUCGGAUCUUCGCCUCGAACUGUUUCUACGUCAGCGAAAGCGUAACCGAAGCUGGGAACGUGUUAGAAACCAACGGGCUCUUUAGACAGGUCAGCAGAAUCAAUCACUCAUGCGAUCCGAAUUGCUGGUACGAGUGCGAGGGGACUGGUGGGCUCUUCGUUCUCAGGGCCAAUCGUGAUAUCGCAAAGGGGGGCGAGUUAAGCCUCAGUUAUAUCUCCAACUGUAGACCAAGGGCAAGGCGGCGACGUAGCCUUCGCAAGAAUUGGGUGUUCGAUUGCGCCUGCGAAUGGUGCGUGCUUAAUGAGGAUCCUGUACUCCAGGAUGGUAACUCGUACAACAAUACAUUAGCAGGAGCCUGCGCGGCACAAAACCUGUUUGCCGCGGAAACGAGGAUCAAUUCUAACGAGGAUGAUGUAUGGGGAGUUUCAAUGAUAGAAGAGGACCCAGAUGAGGACGGUGAUUCCGCCGCCAUAGGUCGGCGCCACGACAGGCGUAUCGAUCUCUUGACGGCGCUGAACUGGGGGCCACAGCUAGCAUUUGCGUAUCUCGACGCCUCUACCUGGUAUAAUCUCUACGGGCAGCGCGCGUACGACUGGGCAGUAGACGCGGAGGAUCCUAUGGUGACCCGUGCUGCCCUAGCAGCCUUGACGGUCUCUCCUAUGGUGACCCGUGCUGCCCUAGCAGCCUUGACGGUCUCUGUCGACUACGCUCAACGGGCGAUUGCCCGUGCUCGAACCGUGUGGGGAGAUGGGGAUAUGAUCACACUUAACGCCCAGUCACAGCUCACCAGCUCCGAAUUUCAACUCAGACGUUUAACCGCUCAGGCGACGGGGCUUCUCCCCCCGGAAAGUGAAGAGGAUGAGCCAGCCUUUGCGUAG